UUCUGCUCAUUUCCGGUGCCUCAAGACGUGUGCUCUUCGAUUUCAUUGAAAAAAAAAAUGAAGCCGCAGACAACCAAAGCUGCAAACGCGCCCAAGGGCAAAGCCAAAGCCGCCGAAAAGCCAAAAACUGGCAAAGGUAAAGCUGCCACUACGGCAGCCACCAACGCUGCGCCACCGAUGAACUCCAAGAAGGUGGCCAAAGCACCGGCUGUGGCCUUGAAGAGCCUCGAGAAGAAGGUGGACGAGACCGAAGAUGUGACCAAGAAGACAGCAGGCAAAGGCAUCAAGAGGCAGGCAGGAUCCUCCACCAAUGUGGCAUCCAAGAAGGUACGAUCCAGUGCUCCUCCACCGGUAGCUGAGAAAACCACGCCUGGUAACAAGGUGGUGGUGGCUCCAAAAGCUGUUGUCGCUCCAACUCCUCACAAGAAGGUGCACUCGCUGUUGAAGAAAUCAUCACUGACCCUGGAAACCGUCAAGGAGGAAGUGGAGGAGGAGGUGGUGGUGGCCCCCAAAGUAGCCAAGACUGAAAAGUCAGCUGCUGCCAAAGCCCCCAAACUGAUGCCGAAGCCCACUCCAAAGAAGCCUAAGAAACUUCUGCUGCGCGGCAAGGGAGCUGGCUCCAAAAAGAAGGUCUGGCAACGUUUCAUCAUCGAUUGCGCUUGCCUGGUGGAGGAUUCACUGAUGGAUCUGUCCGACCUGGAGAAGUACAUGAAGAGUCACAUUAAGGUGAACCAACGGAUCAACAAUCUGGGCGAAUCGGUGAACUUUGAGCGCCCCAAGCAAACCACGCUGGUCAUCAACAGCAGCGUGCAUUUCUCGAAGCGCUACUUCAAGUAUCUGACCAAGCGAUAUCUCAAGAAGAACAGCCUCCGUGACUGGGUGCGGGUGGUGUCCACCUCUAAGGAUACCUUUACCAUGCGCUACUUCAAGAUCCAGGACGACGAGAAUGCUGACGAUGAUGUGAUUAAUAUGAAGGACUAAAGCCCAGGUUUUCCAAUAAAACAAGGUUUUCAAAUUCA